AUGCGGGAGACAUUUGUAUCAAUUAUAGCAUUGUUUGCGAUAGUGGAGGCGGCGGGGCCUUCGGAAUUGGGCAAAGACGGAUUCAAUUAUUACAAAGAUUAUUUGCGAGCCCGAUCAGAUGAGAUGGCUGAUUCCGGUUAUGACGAUCGUGCCCUCAUAUGUAAGUUAUCACCCAUCACCCAUGAUAAGAUCAUCUGUCUCACAAAUCUUGAUUACUUCAGAACACCACUGCAAUUAUAUCCAGAGAUUCCGGCGAUACAAGAACAUGGAAAAAGAACGGCUAAUCUAUUCAAAAACCACAUGUUAAAUAAGGAAGUUUGGCCCGGGGGAGGCCCAAACAAACGGACUUCUAAGACUGGCCUCUCCCUUCUGAUGCAGAGCAAACAAGAUGUACGACCUUCGUAA